CACACACACACACACACACACACACACACACACACACACACACACACACACACACACACACACACACACACACACACACACACACACACACACACACACACACACACACACACACACACCAUUCUGUGUAAAGUCUAAAGACUGUUGUGCAUGAAAAUCCAAGGAUAUCAGCAGCACAUCUGGCAUCAACAACCAUGCCAUGGUCAAAGUCACUAAGAUCCCAUUUUCCCCCAUUCUGAUGUUUGAUAUGAAGAUUAACUGAAACUCUGGACCUGUAUCUGCAUGAUAUUAUUCAUUGCAGAGCUGCCACAUGAUUGGACAAUUGCAUGAACGUACAGGUAUACAGGCGUUCUUACUAACAUGACCUGAGUGUAUAUUAUUGGCUUCAAAGAGAUUAAUUUUCAGCUACUGUAACCAUGCACACAUGGUUUAGUAUGUAAAUUAAAUAAAGCAUAUCACGCAUAUCUUUUCAGCCCAGCCCCUCUGUAGCCCCCUUCACUGAGUGCCCCAACAUCCCCCAGCCCAUCUCUGCCUCAUUUCUCACUCUGGAUAGAAAGGGCUUUGUGCUUCCUUCUGGCUAAGGUAAGACAUGGUGUCUUUUACCUGUGACUCUCAGAUCCAAGAUUUGUACUGCUAAUAUUGACAUUGUUCAUAAAAUGGCAGAGUGUAUGCUGAAGAGAACUGGUUUUCCUGGUGCCACAUGUCUUUCUGGUGUUUAUAUGGCAAUAUCUACUGAUAUACUGAACUAGCUAUGUUAGUUUAUUAUGAAAAGCUGAGAGAUACCCACAUUGUGUUUACUAGUAUAUUAAUUCGUAUAGUGGACAGUAUCUCUGCCUGUCACACAGAAAACCACAGGGACAGACUUAGUGAUGUAGGGAUCACUAAUGUACAUCCCUUUAUCUAUCAGUCAUAUUUAUGCCACCAUGACACUUAAUAAAAGUGUCUAUUUAAUGGGAUUUUUUAGUGGUAUGAUGUCUGUGUCUGAAUUACUGUGCUACACUAAGCACUAUACUACUCUACUGUUGUGGAAGCAUCAAAGAAACUUAAAUUGAGGAAAUGGAGUUCCUAUACCUGAGGUUAUAGGAAGGUAGGAGAAAACUGGAGAACCCGGAUGAAACCCACGCACCAUGACGAGAACAGGAGACCAGGUUGUUGCCAGGGGUUGCUUGUACAACGUAAAGAUAGCUUUUUUUGGUUUGUUAGCAAAACUACUAGUGGAACUACAUAUCUUCUGAGUUUCUUUGUUGAUCUUCUCUCGACCUUCGCUCUGGGAUUUGUUGCACGAUCCCUGGGAUUUGAACUUGCAGCACUCUGCCACUGGUACCUCUUCCCCAGUAAAUGGAAUUAAAUUGAAAAAUCUUUCAAUCUUAAAUCUUUUCUGUCUUCAGUGUUUAAGUAACUGCUGAAAGAUCUGGAGAUUAUGGCUUCCGUAAGUUCACAUGUACCACAUAUCUAUUCCUAUUUGCAUCAUUUCAUAUUUAUUUUAUUAUUAUUACUUUUUAUACUCAUUGCUACUGUUUUUGUGUGAGCUCUGCAUAAUCUUGUGAUAUCACAAAGAACCUCAAAUCUUGGGCUAGCAGACAUGGGAUCUUGUUUUUUUACACAAUAAAGUAGCACUUUGUCUCUCUGUUUUGGUGAAAUAGACUGGAACAUUCCGCAUGGUCUCAGAGGAUGAGCAGACAAUGCGCUCCAAGCUUGAGCAUCUGACUGUGAAGGAUCAUGGGCCAGUGUUUGGGCCAUGUCAGAAGCUACCUGAUCACACAGUACAGAAGGCAAAGGACGAGCUGAAUGAGACAGUGGAGAAGAGAAUGUCUGCAGUAAAGGAGCUGAGAGCCCUGAUCUGCAAGAAGGCCGAGGAUAAGGACGACGUGUCCAUGGGUGUGAAGGAGAAAUUUGGGGACAAACCAGAUUCUCUGCUCCUGAGGUUCAUCCGUGCGCGCAAGUUUGACGUGGACAGGGCAUAUGAGCUCAUGAAGGGUUAUGUGCGUUUUCGACGUGAUUACCCCGAGCUGUUUGAGAAUUUGACCCCUGAAGCAGUGCGCAGUACCAUCGAGGCUGGCUAUCCACAAAUACUCAGCACCCGUGACAAGGACGGCCGUGUGGUUCUCCUUUUCAACAUAGAGAACUGGGAUUUGGAAGAGGUCACCUUUGAUGAAACUCUGCGGGCAUACUGUGUCAUCCUGGAGAAACUUCUGGAAAAUGAGGAGACUCAGAUCAACGGCUUUGUACUCAUUGAAAACUUUAAGGGCUUUACUAUGCAGCAUGCAGCUGGCAUCAAACACACCGAGUUGAAAAAGAUGGUGGACAUGCUGCAGGACUCAUUUCCUGCACGCUUCAAGGCUGUGCAUGUGAUCCACCAGCCUUGGUACUUCACAACCACAUACAAUGUGGCCAAAUCCUUCAUGAAGAGCAAACUGCUGGAGAGGGUUUUUGUUCACGGUGACGAUUUGGAUGCUUUCUUUCGAGACUUCAGCGCUGAAAUCCUCCCUCCAGACUUCAAUGGGAAAGGGCCGAACUGUGAUGGCAAAGAGACAGCAGUCAAGCUGUUUGGCUCUGAAGACACAGCUCUUUAAAUGACUCAAGGAUCAGAUGCCCUUUAGGCAACAUGAAAGUCCCAGCCCUAAUAAAAUAAAAUGAAAUAAUAAAAGCCCUAAUAGAAUAAAAUAAAACUAGUCUCUGCUGUACCAUCAUGUAUGGGAAGUGCUUGAGAACUUUUG